CUCUUCACUUUUUUCUUUUCUUUCCCCAUCCACAGAGCGAUAUGGAGGAUAUCAUUGAGUAUUUCCAGGACUCAGUGAGCUGGGAUGACCUACAUCUCCUGCUGACUGACCAUGAAGCCUGGGAGAGCUUCAUGGCUGAGGCCAACUUGUCCAGGGAGGAGGCAGGUCUGUGUGAGCUGGAGGCAGACCUGUGUAUGGAGGGCAGAGAGAGGAUCCAAAGAGACCACCUGGAGGAGAGGUUUUUGAACGAGUAUCCCCGGUUGAAAUGGGAGCUUAAGGGGCAAAUACGAAAGCUCCACAAGCUGGCGGACAAGGUUGACAAGGUACACAGGGGCUGCACCAUCUCCAACAUCGUGGCCAGCUCCGCCAGCGUGAUGUCUGGGGUCCUGACCAUCCUGGGCCUGGGUCUGGCACCUGUGACCUCAGGGAUCAGUCUGUCACUCUUGGUAACGGGGGUGGGGCUGCGAAGAGCAUCUGCUGUGACCACUGUGUCCAGGGAGUACUCGAGCACAUCGUCCGCGGAAGCCAAAGCCCGUCGCCUGGCAUCAGCUGGCGAUAACAGAGGGAAGACCAUUGCAGAGGCUCUGUGUCAGAACACACCCCGGAUGUUUUCUGUAACAAAGAGCUUCGUGCAAGUCCUGCGAAACAUUGGAAGGAGUGUUCGUGCCAUCAGGCUGGCCAAAGCCAGUCCUCACUUGGCAGCCUGUGCCAAGAGGUUCACGACAGCUGGGAGAGUCUCAGUUCGAAGUGACAAGCGGGUGAGAAAAGUUUUUGGAGGCACUGUUCUGGGAAUGAUCAGAGGAGCCCGGAUCAUCGACGUGGGCACCGUGGGCACCUCCCUUCUGGCGGGUGUGGCCCACCUUGUGGAAGAACCAAAGCACCUGCAUCAGGGGGCAAAGGCAGAGUCGGCUGAAAGGCUGAGACAGCAGGCCCGGUUGCUAGAGAGCAAGUUGAAGGAGCUCAACCGGAUGUAGGAAAGUCUAAAGUAGGGCCCGGCCCCGCGACCUCCAAACAGGGCAGGGAGCAGGGUCAUGUGCGGGACAAAGGCAUGGAGGUACCUCAUGAGAGGGGAAGAGGGGGCCAAAUAAAAUUUUUGAGGGGCGCUCGGGUAGCUCAGUUAGUUACGCAUCUGACUCUUGGUUUCAGCCCAAGUCACCAGCUCACAGUCCGCGGGUUCGAUCCCUGACAGUGUGUUGGGGCUCCUCAAUGACAGUGGAGGCUGCUUGGGAUUCUCUCUCUCUCCCUCUCUCUCUCUGCCCCUGCCCUGCUCACUCUCUCUCUCUCUCUCUCUCUCUCUCUC